AAGUGUUGCGCACUAACGCUUGGAGUUACGGUAGUCUUAGGGCGAUGUUUUCAAGCACAACAGACGUACGUCUAGAACCCGCUGAAAUUCAAAGUUUAAAGUAGGAAAGGCGUCGAAAAAAGUAUUUUGAAUCUUCACUGAAAUUUAUGCCCAGUCGUGACUUGUUUGCCACACACUGACAUUUCUGUUCAGGUAAGAAGAUGUGAUAUCCUACACAUUUUAGCUAACGGAGUAUGGAUAGGAAACAUCGAAGUGGGUUGUCGACAGCUUUGAAGAGACAUAGAGGUCCUCUGUCUGACACAGAGGACAAUGUCCCCUCGUCAGAGGUCAGUGAUGUUCAGAAGAGGCGUCGCCUGAAGUUGUUGGGCGAGGAGAACGUCAGUCCUAACAAGAGUUCUUCAUCAAGAGACCACCUCUGCUUUGUAGAGCUGGAGGUGAAGCCAGACACCCCCGCUCUCUGCUCUGUCAGCUUCAGAGUACAGCAAUUAACCCAGAGACAUGCUGGAGGCCCUCUACUGGCUCCGAGACCAUCCAUUAUAAUCCAGGAAGGGUUCAAAGAGCACAUUCUUAUUGGUGAGGCAGAAUUCAGCUCACGGGUGGAGCGGUUUAACGCCCCCACCGCCUGUCCGGCCAGCCCUCUGCCAGGAAACUGGUGCCCCCGUACCCUCUCCAACGCAGUUACCAACUUACAGCUUAAACUUGAGGACAGUGAAACACCCAGCUCCAAGCAAGUCUCCUGCAUACGCCAGGAAAGGGAGGAGGAGCUGCGACUCUUAAGGGCCCAGCCAAUUGCAAAGAAUGUCUUUCUAAAUCAAAGAUUCUCUGAUUCCUCACUGACUGAGAAGGCGACCCCACCCGUCUCCUCAUCCUCCCCUCGGAUGAUGGUUGGCUAUAGCAGGAGACUGCAGUGGCCACCAUUCCAACCAUGGAAUCAGGCAGACCUCAAUGUGACUGGUGAUGAGCCUCUCUGGGUGAAGGACGGCAGCUUUACCGAGACUUCUGUCACUGCUAAGAUCCAUGGAGUGGAGCCUCCAAUCCAAGACACUGCAAGAGGAGAAGUCACUAUUACAGAUGAAGAGCUUGGAGGUAGACAUUAUAACGAGGCUGAGCUGAGCUCUCAAGAUGAAACCAACACUGCUGAGAUGAUUGACCUGAUGUUUAAGGACAUGCUGGAGGCUUCUGCCCAGGGAAGAGAGGAGGGCACUGAGGAUUACGACAGUGGCAUAGCCACAGUGAUGCGCAGAAAGGAGAAAAUAGAGUUGGACAAAGAGAAAGCUGAGGAGGGUGAAGACCUGGAAGAGAUCAGGGAACUGGACUCCAGUGUAGAUGAGCUGCUGACCCUCCCACACAGCUGCAUCCUCUCUCCUCUCAGCAGGUCUGUGGAAGCUGUGGUCACUCCAAUGAGACUUGCAGCUAGUCAGCCAGCCACCCCACCAUCCCUACCUCUGACUCCUGAAGAGCUGACCACUCCCCCUGCCGACAGUGCCCCUCUCUACAGCAUCGAUGCUUACGGUACCCAGAGGCAGAGCACCAAGCCAGCUAUUCAGAGUGUAACCCCAGGGUUGCAGAGGCGUGCCGCUGAGAAGUCCCACCCCCAGAAAACUGUCAACACCAAGGACAGGAUCAUGGUUCUGAAUGAGGAGGCUGCCAAGCUACAGACGGUCAUCAAUCAGACGUUGCAGGCCCUGAGCUGCUGCACUGACGAGGACCACGGCAGAGGUUCCCUGGAGGAGGCCGAGGCUGAGAAACUACUGCUCGUCUCCUGUGAGAAGCGGGCGGCCCUGCUGGCUGAGGUGACCAGGCUGAGGGAGAGGGGGAUCUCAGGGGAGUUAGAGGGCGGUGAUGGUGAGGGGGACACCAGCAUGUCCCAGCACCCCUGCAGGGGCACCGUCAGCAUCAACAGUGUCCAGCUCCCUCUCAAGGUGGAGUUUGUCUGCUCAGCCCGCACACAAACAGGUCGCCCAACUCACUAUUUCUUUGUCCUGAUUCGCUAUGGACCCUGCAACAUUGUUGCGACCCCAUUGGCCACUGCAGCGGAUGCCCAGAAUGGAGACACCAUCUCCUUCCCCACCUCCAUCACCAUGCAGAACAUUCACUCCAACUUUGAGAUUGAUGUUGAGGUCUACAGCCUGUCCCACACCUCAGGCAACACCUGUAAUGUGGAUCUCCGCAGCUCUUCCAGGUCAAAGAUCACCCCAAGGAAGCUUCUAAGCACCAUAAAGAGAUCCAACCACCGUGUGACAUCUUCUACCAUGCCAGCCCUGAACACCCGCCGCACCAGCCACUUCUCUCUGGUUGGUUCUCACAAGAUCUCCCUGGCCUCCCUGGGCCAUAGCAAGUUCCCCCUGGACAAGAUACAGUUUGAAGGCAAAAUCAGGAGACUCCUGGGAGAUGAGUUUCAGGAAAAGGUGCCCUUCCUAUCUCCACUAGAGGGAAACAUCUACCUGCGACUAGACAGCGAGAGCCAGUCUAACGUCCAACACCAGGGCUUCCUUACAAUGUUUGAGGUGGUGAAUGGAUUUGGAGCUUGGCAUCGACGCUUCUUUGUCCUGGAGGGAAACCAUAUGUCCUAUUGGAACCACCCCAAUGACCAGGGCAGCAAGGUAGCAGAAGGCAGUAUCUCUUUGUUUAGUUCCUCUAGUCAAAGUGUGAAGCCAGUGAAGAGGGACUCCUGUGCUCGCCCUUAUACUUUUGAACUGGUCAGUGGCAUCCAGACUGCACAACAGAAUGACCAGCUCGCUCUGGCCUUGUGCUGGUUCUCAGCAGAUACGCGGGAGGAUCGAAAGGACUGGAUGGAGAAGCUCAACCAGGUUCUCCUGGACCUGCAUGCCUGGACUCACCGAGCACUGAACCAUGCUGGAGCACAGCCCAACACUCAGGCCAGCAGUGGGAACAUAAGGGAGAGCAGUCUGUAACACACUAUUAUAUAAUGAUAUAGCAUAUCUUUAUAUAUAUCUAUCCCUCUCUCGCUCUCUUUAUAUAUAUAUCUUUAUCGAUUCUUAUGAUUACCAUUGGGAGGUUAUUUUAUACGUGGUGAUAUUUUUGCCUUGUCACUGAAUAGCUCUUUAAAAUAGAGCUCCAUCUUGUGGCCUAUUAGCAUUAUAUACCCUUUAACUGAGCUUGAAGUGGACAAUUUAACUACAUCCAUAUAAUCUAGAAACUACUGAAUACGUAUCAAAGCUAGUGCAGAAGAGCCCUAACACUAAAUAGAUGAUUAAUCCAAUAGUGUAGUUAUAAUUCUGAUAAGCCAAACACUACAAAGCAUGACAUGUCUACUGGACAACAUUAUUUCAGUACUACAGCAUUGCUGUAAUACCCUCUAAAGUGUGGAAAUAUGUCUAUCAGAAAUAAUAUAGUCUACCUCUAAAAUAUAUAAAUACCUCAUCUAAAACCCAUUAAUUUAGUGAUUUAAGUAGAAUUCCAGUGCAAGUUGAGUUAUAGUAUUGUACUUGACAACCUGCUACGAGGUUGGAAAUACUGACCAUUUAAUGAGUUCCUUCAUUCAAAAUCUAGUGCUGUGUUGUGCAUAACCCAACAGGGGCCAGACCACAAAAAUGGCAGCUACCCAGGCAAGGCAAUUGAGAGUAUAGAAUGAUGUACGUCCGAAGGAGAUGUUCGGCAUAAUGUUAGUGCCUCAUCUGAUGAUAAAUCCUAGUAGGACCCUAAAGGGACAUGAUGAAUGUAGCUGCUGUCUGUAGACUCUGAUGUUAACCUAUUUCCCCCCUUGAUGUAUUUGCUGUCAAUCUGUCAUUCUCUUUUUGUAUGUGGAUGUUAUCAGCUACCUGUCAACAUUCUUAUAUGCAGUUGAUUUGAUGAAGGUACUACAAGUAAAUAAUAAAAAUGUCUCUAAUAGUGUA